GGCAAAGACUUCAACACCUCUAAGACGACAAUGGAAGAGCCAUUUCUUCCGAGAGACGAGGAGCUAGUCCCCGGUAAAACGACAUGGCAAAGAGGUCAGCUCACCGUCGAACUGAAGAAAACAAGCCUCUUAGCCGCUCCUAUGGCCAUAGUAACCUUUGCUGAAUACUUAUUGCCUGUCAUCUCAGUCAUGGUCGCCGGCCACAACGGCGAGCUUCAGCUCUCCGGCGUCGCUCUUGCCACCUCCUUCACAAAUGUCUCCGGUUUCAGUAUUUUGUAUGGUUUAGUGGGUGCUUUGGAAACUCUUUGUGGCCAAGCUUUUGGAGCCAAACGUUACGAAAUAAUCGGAACCUACACAUACUCUGCAAUCGCCUCUAACAUCCCGAUCUGUCUCCUCAUAUCAAUUCUCUGGAUUUACAUCGAAAAGCUUUUGGUCUCCCUCGGACAAGACCCGGACAUCUCUAGAGUUGCUGGCUCCUACGCCUUUUGGCUAAUACCGGGUUUGUUCGGACAAGCUAUUGUUAUACCACUCACUAGGUAUCUUCAGACACAAGGGUUGGUUAUCCCUCUGCUCUAUACUGCCGUAGCCACUUUGUUCCAUAUCCCAGUUUGCUGGACUAUGGUUUCUGUGUUUGGUCUGGGAAGCAACGGAGCUGCUAUGGCUAUUAGUGUGUCUUUCUGGUUUUAUGCAUUGAUACUCGCAUGCUAUGUGAGAUUCUCCACCUCUUGCGAGAAGACUCGCGGCUUAGUAUCUGGUGACUUUGUGUCUUGCGUCAAACAAUUCUUCCAAUAUGGAAUCCCAUCAGCAGCAAUGGUUUGCCUAGAAUGGUGGCUAUUUGAGUUAAUCGUACUCUGCUCAGGUCUUCUCCCUAAUCCAAAACUUGAGACCUCUGUUCUUUCGAUAUGUUUUACAGUAGCAGCUUUGCACUAUGUAAUUCCAGGUGGAGUGGCCGCGGCUGUGAGCACACGUGUGUCUAACAAUUUGGGAGCUGGGAAUCAUCAAGUUGCUAGGCUAUCAGUAUUAUCAGGGCUUUGUCUCUGGCUUGUAGAGUCAAUUCUCUUCACGACACUUCUCUUCACCUGCAAGAAUAUCGUAGGCUACAUGUUUAGCAACAGCAAAGAAGUUGUGGACUAUGUGGCUGACCUAGCUCCUUUGCCCUGUCUUUCUUUCAUCCUUGAUGGCUUUACUGCAAUUCUAAAUGGUGUUGCUAGGGGAAGUGGUUGGCAAAAAAUUGGAGCUUGGAACAAUGUGGUGGCUUAUUAUCUCAUAGGAGCUCCGGUUGGAGCUUACUUAGCUUUCUAUCGUCACUUUAACGGAAAAGGAUUGUGGUCCGGUGUUGUGGUUGGAUCCGCUGUGCAAGCCAUUAUACUUUCUAUCAUCAUAAGUUCAAUUAAUUGGAAGGAACAGGCUGAGAAAGCUAGGAAGAGAAUAGUAUCAACUGAGAAGGGGUUGUCAUAAACGAAGGGUGUUUCUUAGUUACUCCAUUUUGUUUUCUUAACUUUUGAUAUAGAAAUGUAAUAGUUUAUAGUUAUAUGAUCAAACAAAUGAAUAAAAAACCUCAUUGGUUCCAAA